UUUUUUCUUCUCGCCGGCGGUAGAGUAAUUUUUUCUGCUCUUGGUCUUUCGACAGUUCCAAGCUUCAGUGACGAGUCUUCGGAUUGUUUUAAAUUCGUUUAUUUUUUAUCCCGUAGCUACCAUGUCAACUGAAAAUCCGGAUGAAAUUCGGCCUUCUACUUCAAACGCUGGCAGAAUCGGGUCAGGAUCAGAUUCUACAGGAACAUCAGGAUCGACUUUGAAAAUCCGAGAACACGAGUUAACACCAAAACGCGUUGUGAUACUGAAUAUCUGUUUCGGGUGUCGUAGAAGAAUAGGAUUUGGCAAGAUGGCGUUGAAAUGCAGAGUUUGUGACCGAGUAAUUCAUACCACAUGCCAAAAUUCCUUUCCAGCUUUGUGCACGCCACCACGAAAUGCAUUGACCCAGCGUGGCAAAAAGUUGCAGGGAAAUAUUGCCGAUUAUGUGCCAAAGAUGCCACCACUGAUACCGUCCCUCAUCGUCCGAUGUGUGAGAGAAAUUGAAUAUCGUGGUUUGACAGAAAAUUUCUCUUAUACACCGAACGUUCGUUCCUUCGAAGCCAGGUCAUUGGCAAGAGAAUAUCUCAUAGAUAAAAAGUUAAGGAACUUGAGAACAGUCGAUCUGCAGACAAUCGUUUUGACCCUGAUGAUAUUUUUGAAGUCGUUGAGCGAGCCACUCGUCACUGAAAAAUUGCAGGAAGAUUUUAUCAAGGUAUCCCUGAGGAUCAGCAACGAAUGGAGGCAUCAAGGACUUCGUCGGUUAAUUGAGCAACUUCCGCGACCUAAUCGUGACACUCUCGCUUAUUUAAUGAGUCAUUUAAAACGAAUGACUGCGGGCCCAACAUCCGAUAAGACAAAAGAAUAUAUUUGGGAAGUUUUUGGCCCCAUAGUGGUUGGUGGUGGCUCUAAACAUCUGAUUCCAAGCGUGAUGAUCGUUGAACCAAAAUAUCAGGCUGUGGUUGUCAAGAGCUUGUUGGAAAUUGAAUCGAGUUAUUGGACUUCUUUUCUCAAUGCCUACAACCGUCCGGUCAUUGGUAGAGUCAAGAAGAGUAUCGAGAACUUUGUCAGGGACAUAAGGGAUCGAAAACCCGAAUCCGAGGAAUCAAGUCGCGGGAUAUUAGGCGAACCCCUUCCCAGACGCACGUCAUUCAGUGAUUUCAUUAGAAAUCCACGCAACACUGUAACUCGGCUCAUGAGAAGGAAUGAAAUGGGACCUCGAGGAACUUACGAUCCCGCCGAAGAUGAAGAUUAUUAUGCUUAUUACGAUGAUUGAUUUGGUCAGAAAGAACCAUCAUACCAACCUAUUCAAUCAUUUUUAAUAUUCCAUUGAUUACAUAAUUUUAUUAUCAUCUCCUUCUGAGAUACGUGGUUAAUCCAACAUUUGAUUUUCUGUGUCGAAUCUUUUAUGCAGAAUAAAGAUACUGUAAUCGUA